AUGAUACCUGCAGCAACCGCGAAGUAUGAUUGGAUCCUGGCCAUCACCUCGAUCGCCUUCGUCUUCUCUGCCUUCGGCAAUGGAGCAAAUGAUGUCGCCAACUCCUAUGCCACCUCCGUCGCAGCCAAGACGCUCAACAUGGCCACGGCCGGUGUCUUGGCGAUUUUCACAGAGUUCAUCGGCGCAGUCGCCAUGGGCUCACGAGUUACCGAUACAAUCAAGAACGGCAUCAUCAGCAUCGACCGGUUCGAUGGGAAACCCGGCGCACUCAUGCUGGCCAUGGGCUGUGCCGAGAUCGGUAGCGCCACCUGGUUGAUGCUCGCCACUCGGAUGGGCUGGCCUGUCUCGACGACGCAGACUAUUGUCGGCGCCCUCGUCGGUGUUGGUUUUGCAACCCAGGCUUCUAUCUCCUGGGGCUGGGCAGACGGCAGUGUCUCCCAGAUUGCUGCGUCCUGGGGAAUCGCUCCCCUCGUGGCAGGUGGCUUUUCUGCCAUCAUCUUCGGAACCCUCAAGUACAGUGUCCUCGAACGGACCAACUCCUUCGAGUGGGCAAUGCGCUUGAUUCCAUUUUAUCUUGCCCUCACGGGUGCCAUCCUCGCCCUUUUCAUCGUUGUCGAAGCCCCUACGGCACCCUCUCUGGAAGAGUUCGGUGCUGGAAAGGCAGCCGGCAUCAUCUUGGGAGUGUUCUUUGGUUGCCUCCUCGUCGGCUAUGUGUUCUUCAUCCCAUACUUCAAGCGUCGUCUCAUCCAGAAAGAUAGCCGCAUCAGAUUCUAUCACAUUCCUCUCGGUCCGUUGCUGCUGAGGGAAAACCCGCCCCUCUACUUCCCAGGAAAGGGGGACAGCUAUGUGGCCAACUACUACGAAGAUGCCUACGGCGAAGUGCGUGCUGGCCAAACUGACAUGGUCAAAGAAAAUGCCACAGCCAACGCGGACUCCGUUAUGCCCACACCGGAGAUCACACCAAUGACCAAGCCCCAAGUUGGUGACGACGAGGAGAAGGACUUGUACUCCGCCAAUUCCUCCCCAACGAUCGCGCCUCGCAAGAAGCACCUCGAGCCCACUGAGCGAUUCAUCGACCCCGUCCGACACCUGUCCUGGGCAAAUCCUCAGAAGUAUCUAGGUUACCUCAAGUGGGUCCUCCUCCAGGGUGUGACUCGCGAUGUGGUUACCCACGACUCGCCUGCUCUGCGUGCAAUUCACGCCCGUGCUCACCGCUACGACGACCGCGUUGAACAUCUUUGGACAUACUGCCAAGUUGUCUCAGCAAUGAUGAUGUCGAUUGCCCACGGUUCAAAUGACGUGGCUAACGCCGUUGGUCCCUGGUCGGCCGUUUACAGCACGUACAACGCUGGCCUCGUCGACACUGAGGCCCCUACACCCGUUUGGUUCUUGGUCAUUGCGGGUCUGCUGCUCGGUCUUGGAUUCUGGGUUUACGGAUACCAUAUCGUUCGUGCUCUGGGUAACAAGAUCACUCAGAUGUCGCCGACGCGUGGAUUCAGUGUUGAGCUUGGAGCUGCCAUCACAGUGCUGUUGGCUUCGAGACUCGGUCUGCCCGUUUCCACGACUCAGUGCUUGACUGGUGCUAGCAUGGGAGUUGCUCUCAUGAACUAUGAUCUUGGCGCUGUCAAUUGGAGGCAGCUUGGCUUUAUCUUUGGUGGUUGGGUGCUGACUUUGCCUUGUGCAGGAUUGGUCUCUGGACUGCUCUGUUUGAUGGCAUUGAAUGCUCCCCAUCUGUAA